CUGUCUAAAAGCCAUCAUGUGAAUUUUGUUUAGACUUUAUGGUCAUCUAGUGGGGCAAUGACAUUAAAUUCGUUCUGUGUAAGGUGAAACCUUUGAAUCCAUUUGCAAAAAAAUUCCAUUGGCAAGCGUCUCAAAAACAUAUUCUUUCAUCGACGUCAAAAUGCCGGAGAAACCGCCAGCAAAGUCACCGCAAAAGUCGGUACAGAAAUCGCCACCGAAGCCUCUGACCAGCAUCCCCAGGCCGUCCACCACAUCCGGGAAUCCCAAUUCCAGAGGCCCCAAGCCAUCAGGCACUGGCACGAAUCGUCCUCCAUUGGCCAAUCAACAUGAUAGGAUUUGGAAAAUCAUGAAGAUGUAAUUAUGAAAACGAUUUUAAGGACAAUGAUAUGGCUCUAGACAAGUCUGUGAAUUUUAAAACCAAACAUAGUUCAUCAUUCCAAAUGUCUUUUAAAUAAACCAACAGUCACUCUUUUGAAGGCGCUGAAUAAAGCGAAAAAGUCCCACAAC